AUGGCGGGGCGGCUGUGGCGGCUCUGCAACCUCCUCAUGGCCGCCUUCUUCGGGCUGGCGGCCGCCGUGCAGGUGAACGACCCCGACGCCGGGCUGUGGACAGUUGUCUACUUAGUGCCAGCUGCCCUGACGCUGCUUGUCAGCAUUAACCCUUCAAUAACAGAUAAUGGUGUUUGGAGGAGCCUCUGUGACCUUCACUCUGCUGGUUGUAUUGUUGGGACCAUUGCCUUGGCUUGCUCUUUGUUUGCUUAUGCUCAAGGAAACAUUUUGCAUGAAGAGGAAGGCAGAGAGUUGUUUGGUCUGGUGAUUAUUACAAUAUGGAUGAGUCUUUGUCGCAGUUCAGCAAAGAGUCCACUGGGUGGAGUUCGCUUGAUUGCUGCAAUCGUGGUUGCCCUCUUCCCCUUUGUUUCAUGGCUGUACAUUUACGUGAACAAAGAGAUGCGAGCAUCUUGGCCAACGCACUGUAAAACGGUGAUUUAAUUGGGUGGGGGAAAGUAUAAAAUAAAUAUUCUGACCUUACUUGCCUUUGCUUUUGGUUCUUAAUGAAAGGUUAGUUUCAGUUUGAUAGGACCCAAGAAUGUCUGGCUGCUUCCAGCAGUGCGGUUUGAGAUUUGUUAAAAAAAUUGAGGAACACUGUCAAAUCCGAGUGGAGAAUUUUUCUACGGAAACUGUUGUUCCGCUGGCUUCUUCAUACAUUUUCAAAGCACUGUUGAUCUAAUGUGUGUUCUAAUGGUAUAUUCAAGAUAUCCUGGCAUCCCUGGAUCACUCUCCAACCACCUCGUACUUUGGGAAAUCUACUGUUCUGUAACAUAAGGGAAAAGUAAAGCAAAUGCUUUGUUUCAAUAAAUGACUAUUUACAGCCAUAAAACUUCCAGGUAGCUGCCUGCAUAGUCCAUUGAGACUAACUGAAAAAUUGAGCAGUCUGUAUUUCUGUUCCUACGCUAAAAUCAUAUGUAGAAUAUAUCUGAAGAAAUACUUUUGCUAUUAUCUUUAACUGAAAAUUACUGAUUUUACAGAGUAAUAAAUACUAUUUUUCUAA